UCACGUGGGACGGCGGCGGGGCCGUCAUGGCGGCGAUGGCGGCCGGGAAGGAGGAGGAGGCGCAGCGGUUGCUGAACGAGGCGGAGCGGAGGCUCCGAGGGGCCCGAUCCUUCCUCGGGGGCCUCUUCGGGGGCUCUUCCCGGCUGGAGGAGGCGAGCGAUUGUUUCACCCGCGCCGCCAACAUGUUCAAGAUGGCCAAAAACUGGAGCCAGGCGGGCGCGGCGUUCUCCCGCGCGGCGCAGCUCCAGCUGCAGCUCCAGAGCAAACACGACGCCGCCGUCAACUUCGUGGACGCCGGGAACGCCUUCAAGAAAUCGGAUCCGCAGGAGGCCGUGAACUGCCUGCUCCGCGCCACCGAGAUCUACACGGACAUGGCCAUCGCGCACUACGAGCAGGCGGCCGAUUACUACAAAGGGGAGGAAUCCACCAGCUCAGCCAAUAAGUGCCUGCUGAAGGUGGCGGCGUUCGCGGCGCAGCUCGAGCAGUUCCCGCGCGCCAUCGACAUCUACGAGCAGGUGGGGGCGGUGGCCAUGGACAGUCCCCUGCUCAAGUACGGAGCCAAAGAGCAUUUCCUGCGCGCCGCGCUCUGCCACUGCUGCGUCGACACCCUCAACGCCCGG